CCAUCACUACCACCAUCACCACCACCACCACCACCACCACCAUCAUCACCACCACCACCACUACCACCACCACCUUCACCACGAUCAUCACCAUCACUACCACCAUCACCACCACCACCACCACCACCAUCACUACCAUUAUCACCACCACCAUCACCACCACCACUACCACCACCACCUUCACCACGAUCAUCACCAUCACUACCACCAUCACCACCACCACUACCACCACCACCAUCACCACCACCACCAUCACCACCACCACCACCACCACCACUACCAUUAUCACCACCACCACUACCACCACCUUCACCACAAUCAUCACCAUCACCACCACCAUCACCACCACCACUACCACCACCUUCACCACAAUCAUCACCAUCACUACCACCAUCACCACCACCACCACCACCAUCACUACCAUUAUCACCACCACCAUCACCACCACCACUACCACCACCACCUUCACCACGAUCAUCACCAUCACUACCACCAUCACCACCACCACCACCACCACCAUCACCACCACCACCAUCACCACCACCACCACCACCAUCACUACCAUUAUCACCACCACCAUCACCACCACCACUACCACCACCUUCACCACAAUCAUCACCAUCACCACCACCAUCACCACCACCACUACCACCACCACCUUCACCACAAUCAUCACCAUCACUACCACCACCACCACCAUCACCACCACUACCACCAUCACCACCACAACUACCACCACCACCAUCACUAACCUUAUCACCACCACCAUCACCACCACCACUACCACCACCUUCACCACCACCACCACCACCACCAUCACCACCACCACCACCAUCAUCACCACAACCAUCACCACAACCAUGACCACCAUCACCACAACCAUGACCACAACCACUACCACCACCACCUUCACCACAAUCAUCACCAUCACUACCACCAUCACCACCACCACUACCAUCACCACCACCACCACCAUCAUCACCACAACCAUCACCACCACCACCACCAUCACUACCAUUAUCACCACCACCAUCACCACCACCACCACCACCAUCACUAUCAUUAUCACCACCACCAUCACCACCACCACUGCCACCACCACCUUCACCACAAUCAUCACCAUCACCACCACCAUCACCACCACCACUACCACCACCACCUUCACCACAAUCAUCACCAUCACUACCACCAUCACCACCACCACCACCAUCACCACCACCACCAUCAUCACCACAACCAUCACCACCACCACCACCACCAUCACUACCAUUAUCACCACCACUACCACCACCACCAUCACUACCAUUAUCACCACCACCAUCACCACCACCACUACCACCACCACCAUCACUACCGUUAUCACCACCACCAUCACCACCACCACUGCCACCACCACCUUCACCACAAUCAUCACCAUCACCACCACCAUCACCACCACCACUACCACCACCACCU